UUAUUUCACAUACUCAAACUACCAAUACAAUUAUGGCCAUUAUUAGCGCUAGAAUGCUAAGCAAGAAUCUUCUUUUAGUCACCCUGAUCAUUUGCAUGGUGGUGGCACUACCGGUGUCUAAGGCAAGGAUUACGUGUGACACCGUGUACGACGACCUUCGACCAUGUAUUAAAUAUGUGUUCUCUGGUGGAAGUUUCCCCACAGACUGUUGCAAUAGGAUUGAAUUUCUUCUUGUUUCUGCUAUCACAACUGCAGAUCGUCAGAGCGUGUGCUUGUGCGUGAAGGAUCUUUUAUCCUACGCCUCAGAUGAACAACUCAGCCGUGCCGCUAGCAUCGCCGGACAAUGUGGGGCAAGUGUUCCUUUCGAGAUUAGCCCAAAUGUUGAUUGCUCAAAGGUCCAACAAUGGAAAGAAGCGCUAGUGAUCACUUAGUGGUCAUGCUUUCUAAAUUCCAACUAUAUCAUAUCAACUAUUUAUGUUAUUUUUCUUGUUUGGAUUUAUGUCCUGAGUCGGGUGUCUAUCAAAAACAAUAUUUCUACAUCUAAUGUAAUGAUAUGAACUACAUACACUUUAUCCUCCCCAAACCUCACUUUAUGGGAAUACAUAUGUUGUUGUUGUUGUUGGAUUUUAUGUAUAAAUAAAAUAAGAUAUAUUUGAGAACA